AUGUCCAUGCCUCGACGACGAGUUUUGAAUUGCUCAUAUCAUCUGGGCAAUCUCAGAUCCAAUGACCAGGUUUUCGAAAGCCUUCAACUUCGUAACACCAAUACAUUGAGGGUGGCACUGCCAAAUCCUACUAUGGACGAAGCAUCAGGCAAUAAUAUAUGUAACAAAAGAAAAUUGUAUGGUCAAAAACUAAAAGAGUGUGGAGAGAUAACUAAGAACGAGUGGAGAAUAGGCUCCAGGGUCGCUGAAGUAAAAGGUAGAUUAUAUGAAGAUGUUGAAUCCCCAUCCUUAUUAAAGCAAUAUUAUAUGUAG